AGUAGGAAGCAGUUUGGCACUCAGCCCGUGUUUACCUCAAGAUGACGGAACAGAGCGCGUCGCCAGAGGAUCCCUGGCAUAAACAGACAGACAGCACGUUUGCAGACAGCUUUGACCACCAUUUCUUUGCAGAAAGUGCUCGUAAGGGAUCAGUGGUGUCCAGAGCCAACAGUAUCGGAUCCACGAGCGCUUCCUCGGUGCCAAAUACAGAUGAUGAAGACAGCGACUACAAACACGAGACCAAGGACUCGUACAAAGACCGCAGGAGACAAGCGCACACGCAGGCCGAGCAGAAACGCAGAGACGCUAUUAAGAAAGGCUAUGACGACCUGCAGUCCGUCGUACCCACCUGCCAGCAGCAGUCCGAGUUCGCCAUGGCCGCGCAGAAAAUCAGCAAGGCCACGGUGCUGCAGAAAACCAUAGACUACAUUCAGUUUCUUCAUAAAGAGAAGAAGAAGCAAGAAGAGGAAGUGUCCAUGCUGAGGAAGGAAGUGAUGGCGCUGAAGAUUAUGAAAACGAACUACGAGCAGAUCGUGAAGGCUCACCAGAACAACCCUCAGCAGGGCAACGAGCAGGUCUCCGAUCAGGUGAAGUUCAGCGUGUUUCAGAACAUCAUGGAUUCUCUGUUCCAGUCGUUCAUCACCUCUGUGUCCGUCGGCAGCUUCCAGGAGCUCUCGGCCUGCGUCUUCAGCUGGAUCGAGGAACACUGCAAACCGCAGACGCUGAGGGAAUUUGUGGUGGGUGUCCUGAGGCAGCUGAAUGGUCAGCUGUAUUAAUGUGCUGGAGAUCUCUCUGACACUCAGGAUGUGGAGUUCACAGACUUCAGGUUGCUAUAUUUCUACCAACACUACCAAAGGCACAGAUUCUUCUGCUUAUUAUUAUUAUUAUUAUUAUUAUUAUUAUUACUACAGGGCCUCAAGUGCCUGUUACACAAUACAACGCGUGAUACACGCUGAGCCGGUUGGAUUUCCCACAGUGUAAAUAGUUAAGCGUGUUAUCCCAAGUGAAUGUGGUUGAAAUAUAAUUCUUGAAAGACAGACGUUUUAUGCCUCCAUAUAAGGCAGACGAUAUAGAGGUGAAUAAGCUUGUUUCUGAUUAAGGUUGCAUUGUGCGACAAAAUACAGCCACGUGGACUGGGGUGUGUUCCAGCUUUUUUUUUUAUUCACGGUAUUACCGGAGCACAAUCCAUUCUGAGCUCAGGACUCAGGCUCAAUGGCGUAGAAGUGAACGUCUUGCCAGUUUCUGGCGUACCGCUGUAGAAUGAUGAACCCCAGAUCACAGUCCAGAUUUCAGUACCGCCGUAUCCUCCUGAUGACCUCAUACCUCGGGCAUGAUCACGGUCCAAAUUUAAACACCGCACAAGCGUCACGCCGUGUUUGGCCCGUUACCGAUUCUAAACGUCGUGACGGUAUCACACGACUGCUUUGUUCCUAAGCUCGGCCACGUUUGCGCCAGAGUUCGUCCGCUCUCUGAGGCGUUCUGGCAGUCCAGGAAGAGUCCACUUUUCAACUCACAACCUCCAGUUCUGAACGGUAGUAACGUUAACUGAUUAGAUCCCAGAACCUUAUGAGGAACUUAAGCAGUCUGGAACUUCCAGAAUGAAAGCUCCAGAACAAUAGCGAAUGGGAUUCUCUGGAAUUCUGCCAGAACCUUCCUGCAUGGGAGCUCUGGAAUCUUCCCAGAUGGAAGCCUCAGAACCUCAGCAAGUGGGAUUUCUGGAACAUUCCUAACAGGGAGCUCCAGAACCACAACAAAUGGGAUUCUGUGGAACAUUCCCAAAUGGGAGCUCCAGAACCUUCCUGAAUGAGAGCUCUGAAAUCUUCCCAUAUGGGAGCUUUAGAACCUUAGCUAAUGGGAACUCUGGAAUAUUCCCCAAAUAAAGAGCUCUAGAACCUUAGUGAAUGGGAUCUGUAGAGCCUUCCCAAAUGGGAGCUCCAGAACCUUAGCGAAUUGGAGCAUUUGGAACCCUAGCAAAUGAGCGCUCCUACCAGAAUGAUAGGACUGUGAUUGUUCCCGAACGGGAGCGCUUUAACUACUUUCCAGAGAGCUACAGCGUCUCAGAAAUGUUUGAAGGCCAGGUCAUGACGAGUGGUGAAGUAGGGUUGUGUACGAAAACGCACUCCUGCAAUGCUUCCGACUCGCCAAGCCGAAUUUAACGGAGAUAUAUAUUUAAACUGUGUUGAUCUUGGUGCGCAGGAACGAAAGAGGAAGUGCUGAUCACGCCCACGCCACGCGACUCUGUGUUGCUCGCUCGCACACCCCAGUUCCACGUGAUGUUUAUCAGCAGCUCUUUAAACCAAUGCAAUAAUGUCACUGUUUAUUAUGCAUGUUGUGUGUGUGUGUGUGUGUGUGUGUUUGUGUGUGCGCUCUCUUGCUUACCUCUGAAUCAGACUCCUAUCAUCAGACCCGUCUACGGGUGUGAUCUCGACAAUGUGAUCUACACCGAGUGAACCGCUGAACUAUCACACGUGCGCGUUUUCUCCGUUACCUCAUACUCCGAUCCCAAAGCACAACUCUAAUUACAGAACCGUGGCUCUAAGUGAGACCGAACAUAGCGAGAAGUCCUACUAAUCCCAGAUGGGGGGUUUUUUUUGUGUGUUUUUUACUAUUUUUUUUUUUUAAUUAAAGCAUCAAGAUUGUGAACCGUGAGGGGGAAGAAAAAAAAAAGAAAAAAAAACACGAGCACGUUCGUUCCUUACUCACGUGCCUUGAGUACUUUUGUUGAACGUACGCACAAAACUAGUCGAGAUGAGAAUUCCGUCGUCAACUUUUGAAGUCGUCCAGAUUAACGUUUAGAGCGGGGGUGGGCAACGUUAUCCGGGAAGGGCCGGUGUGGGUGCGGGUUUUCAUUCCAACCGAGCAGAAGCCACACACGAAUCUAUUGAAAGCCAGGAUCAACUGAUGAAACAGGUGGAAUCAAGUCCUGAUUCCCAUGAAUCAAGUCUGAUUCCUCCUGCUCGGUUGGAAUGAAAACCUGCACCCACACCGGCCCUUUCCGGAUAAGCUUGCCCACCCCUGGUUUAGAGUCACCCUUAAUCUAGGAUUAACUCCUUCCAGAGUUUCAAAAAGAGCUAGAACAUUUAUUUGGAAGCGGGGGGGAAAAAAGAAUCAAGUGUUAUGACAUAAUAUAGGAGCCAAACAGGUUCCUGUAUGCAAAUCAGGUCACACAGCACAAGUUUACUACCACUAGGGGCAGUAUUGUAGUCUAUUUCUACAAUCUUUUUUUUUUUUUUUGGACGAGCUACAUAUUAUUCAAGUUUUGGGUGUCUUAGUGUGCACGUGUUCCUUUUACUCGGUACAAAGACAUUUUUAUUUAAUAAUUUAAAAAAAAAAAAAAAUUUUACAUAAAAGGAUUAAGCCCAGUCCUGGAUCAAUCUCAGGAAAAACGGACUUCUCUGUGCAUUCAGGACUUUUAUUUUGAUGAAAAGAUGUUUAAUCAGUGCUGUGCUGGAAGAAAAGGGAAUUCUUUCUGUCUUGUCUGUCUUUAGCCAUAUUGUGGAAGCUCCACGCAAUCGCAGCUCAAUGCCUCACAGACCCAGACACUCUGUGCUUAAGAUCUCCGCUGAUCGUAACCAGAGACUGUUCUGUCUCUCUGAAUAUUUUUGUAAUCAGAAAAUAAACGUUUAAUGUCGAAACUUA